GACCUGAUAGUAAACAGACUCAGAACCGCAUCAGACUCCAGCAGAGCCGAAGAGGAGGACUGGACUAAGUCUCCAACCAGCGGACAUCAUGACGGCCGUCAACAAGACACAGCGGUUUCUGGUGAAUCUUCAGCUCUUGCUGCUGUUUGGUGCUUUAGUUGAGUCCUCCUCCCUCUCCUCCUCCUCCCACCUGCUGAGCGUCAGCUACAAGGUGGGGAACCAGGCGGUGCUGCCCUGCAGCUGGUUGCAGCGUCUGGGCCGCGAGGCUCCGCCCUCCUGCCACGUGCAGUGGGCCACGCCCUCCGACACGGUGUUCGAGCUGCGGGGGGACCAGGAGUGGCAGGCGGAGGAGUUCGAGGGCCGCGCCGAGGUCCCCCGGGACCGCCUGGGCUCCGGGGACUGCUCCCUCAUCAUCACCGACGUCCAGGUGGGGGACACCGGGAGGUACGAGAGCUUCAUGGUGGUGGAGGGCCAGAGGGCCGCCAAGACCAGGGUCUUCAUCCAGAGCGUCAGGCUCUCCGUCAACGACCACAAGUCCUUUAAGACUGGAGGUCCAGGUGAGGACCUGGUCCUGGACCUGUACACGACUCACUCCAUGAGGGUCGUGUUCUACGGCAGGAACAGCUCUGAGUGGUCGGUUCUGUGGAUGAGAGGCGACAACAACACGGAUCGUCUGGAGAAAGACCUGCUGGAGGAGAAACUCACCGUCAAGAAGUUACAGAACUCUGAUGAAGGAACGUACAAAGUUCUAGACGAGUACGGACUCACAGUCAGCACCGUGCAGCUCUCCGUCACAGAAAAAUCAACUGCUCUGAAACGUCUUUCUGAGGAGGAAAAUACAGAACUUCGAGGCGCCUCCUCCUCCUCCUCCUCCUGCAGCAGCUCAGCUCUGCUCCUCCUCCUGUCUGCUCUGGUCACCAGGCUCCAAAUUCUUCAUCUCAUGUGAGAAAAUGUCUCUGCACAUAUUUAUAACUCUCUCCACACUAUAGCAGCACUGUGAGCUGAACUUUGUGAUAUUUAGUAAUAAACCAGGGAAGCUGAGCGUCAGAGAGACAGAUUCAUGUGUGUGAGAUGUGAUUGAAGUGAAGUUUGUGUUUGUGUUUGAUAAAAUGUUGUGUUGUCGAGCAGAAUGUGAUUUAAUGUGAUAAGUCUGAACUGCCCCACAGAGUCAAACUGCAGCAAAUACACAGGAGAAAACUGAGAAAAACUCAUUUAAAGUGUUUUUAACUGGCCAGCCAAAUGGGUUAAAGCAGGGGUCUCAAACUGGCGGCCCGCGGGCCAAUUGUGGCCCUCGUGAUGAUAUUUUGUGGCCCCCACCUUGAUAUGAAAGUUUAAUGUGAGUUUUAUAUGAAUGGCACUUUACUGUGUUGUGUCUGGAAGGUCCCUUUAAUUACUUUUUUUGGCCAUUUUGUGUCUU